AGCGGGAGAGCUGUGGGAAAGCGCCUACCCGGGAGUUUGUCCGCCUCCACAGAAGCAGCCCGAGUUCUAAACUCAGGUUGGACUAGGUCUCGGUCUGUCUGUGCGCGGAGCUCUGUGGAGAGAGAGAGAGAGAGAGAGAGAGAGAGAGAGAGAGAGAGGGAGAAUGAGGAAGAACUCUCAGUGCACCUUUUUGUCCUCCGAUAUGCAGAUUCUCUGAUAAAGCAUCAGUUAUCUGAUCAUCUCAUACAGGUCGUGGAAAACUGCGAGUCUAUGGGAAUCUUUCACUGUGUUUUCUUCACCUAGGUAUCUCGCCUUGAUCUCCUAUAUAACCUGAGACGAUUGUGAGCUGUAAUAGGCUAUUUACUACUGACGGCUCUUGCAGCUCUCUCUUGGCAUUUUCACGCCUAGGCUACAACAACUACUAUUGCUGACUUAUUCUGCCUGUGGGUCUUGCCGUUGCGUCUUGGAACAGGUUUGGGAAGCAGAGGAAGUGAACCACUCCAGAAUCAUGGGACACUUUCAGAUCUCCCCCAUUCUCUCCCUUGGCCUUCGGUUCGUGGUUGUCGUAGCGAUCCUGUUCCUCAAAUUCCAACAUGUGACGGCUAUGUCCUCGGAUGUGGACUUGGAUCAGUUCGUGUCUCCUACUGCCAGCAGCAACACUACUGUGUGCACUACAGCAGGCACAGCAUGCGAAAAAGGGGUGAUUCUGCCUGUCUGGGAACCUCAGAAUCCCUCGUUUGGGGACAAAGUGGCACGGGCUACAGUCUACUUCGUGGCCCUGGUGUACAUGUUCCUCGGAGUGUCCAUCAUCGCUGACCGUUUCAUGGCGUCCAUCGAAGUCAUCACCUCUCAGGAGAAAGAGAUCACUAUUAAGAGACCCAACGGAGAGACCACCACCACCACCGUGCGGAUCUGGAACGAGACAGUGUCCAACCUCACGCUCAUGGCCCUGGGUUCUAGUGCCCCUGAGAUCCUACUGUCCGUCAUUGAGGUUUGUGGACACGGUUUUGAUGCGGGAGCCUUGGGCCCCAGCACUAUCGUGGGCAGCGCCGCCUUCAACAUGUUUGUCAUCAUCGGCAUCUGUGUGUGGGUGGUGCCCGACGGGGAGGUCCGUAAGGUCAAGCACCUGCGCGUCUUCUUCGUCACAGCCACCUGGAGCAUCUUUGCCUACAUAUGGCUCUACCUGAUCCUGGCUGUCAUCUCCCCUGGCAUAGUGCAGGUAUGGGAGGGCCUGCUCACCCUCUUCUUCUUCCCCAUCUGCGUGUUAUUCGCCUGGGUCGCUGACCGACGCCUGCUCUUCUACAAGUACGUCUACAAGCGCUACCGUACCGGCAAGCAGCGGGGCAUGAUCAUUGAGACCGAGGGCGACCGCCCGCUCCCGUCCAAAGUCGACAUCGAGAUGGAUGGGAAGAUGCUCAACUCUCACGCGGCGGAUUUCCUGGACGGGCCUCUGGGGCUGGACCUGAACGUGAAGGACCUGGAUGAGGAGGAGACCCGGCGCGACAUGGCCAAGAUCCUCAAGGAGCUGAAGCAGAAGCACCCAGAUAAGGAGGUGGAGCAGCUGAUUGAACUGGCCAACUACCAGGUAUUGAGUUCGCAGCAGAAGAGCAGGGCCUUCUACCGCUGCCAGGCCACCAGGCUCAUGACUGGCGCUGGGAACAUCCUGAAGAAGCAUGCAGCCGACCAGGCCCGCAAGGCCAUCAGCCUGCACGAGGUCCGCUCUGAUGUGGCUGAUAACGACCCCGUCUCCAAGAUCUAUUUUGACCCCGGCUCCUACCAGUGCCUGGAGAACUGCGGCACAGUGGCAGUGAACGUGCUACGCCGAGGUGGAGACCUGACCAAGACUGUGUCGGUGGAAUUCCGUACGGAGGAUGGAUCAGCCAACGCGGGCUCGGACUACGAAUUUACCGAAGGGGUGGUGGUGUUCAAGCCCGGAGAGACCCAGAAAGAGAUCCGCGUGGGUAUUAUCGAUGAUGACAUCUUUGAGGAGGACGAGAACUUCCUGAUCCAUCUGAGCAACGUCAAAGUGCUGCUGGCAGAGGGGGAGGAGGUAGAGAACCCAGAGACCAAUCACGUGGAGGCGGUGGCCUGUCUCGGUCUGCCCGCCACGGCAACCGUGACCAUCUUUGAUGACGACCACGCCGGCAUCUUCACGUUCGAGGAGCCGGUGGCGCACGUGAGUGAGAGCGUGGGUACCAUGGAGGUGAAGGUGCUGCGUACAUCGGGGGCACGUGGGGUCGUCAUGGUGCCCUACAAGACAGUGGAGGGCACAGCACGCGGAGGUGGAGAAGACUUUGAAGAUACUCACGGGGUCUUGGAGUUCCAGAACGAUGAAAUCUUCAAAUGUAUAAAGGUCAGAAUCAUUGAUGACGAGGAGUACGAGAAAAACAAGACCUUCUACGUGGAGAUGGGAGAACCUCGCCUGAUGGAGACCAAUGACAGUAAAGCUACAGAGGUGGCUGAGAAGGAGGUGGAAGAGGUGGUGCCGCUAACAGGAGUGGAUGAUGAGGAGCAACGCAUCGCUGAUAUGGGUCGACCCACGCUUGGGGAUCACGUCAAACUUGAAAUCAUCAUCGAGGAAUCCUAUGAGUUCAAGAACACUGUGGACAAGCUGAUUAAGAAGACUAAUCUGGCCCUGCUGGUGGGGACUAACAGCUGGAGAGACCAGUUCAUCGAGGCCAUCACUGUCAGCGCCGGUGAGGAUGACGAGGAUGAAGAGUGCGGCGAGGAGAAGCUGCCGUCCUGUUUCGACUACGUCAUGCACUUCCUCACCGUCUUCUGGAAGGUUCUGUUUGCGUUCGUGCCCCCGACAGACUACUGGAACGGCUGGGCCUGCUUCGUGGUGUCCAUCUGUAUGAUUGGCCUGCUCACAGCCUUCAUCGGGGACCUGGCCUCCCACUUCGGCUGCACCGUGGGCCUCAAGGACUCUGUCACCGCCGUGGUGUUCGUGGCCCUGGGGACCUCCGUGCCAGACACCUUUGCCAGUAAGGUGGCAGCCAUCCAGGACCAGUAUGCUGAUGCAUCCAUCGGCAACGUGACGGGCAGCAACGCGGUCAACGUGUUCCUGGGCAUCGGCGUGGCCUGGUCCAUCGCCGCCAUCUACCACAACUCCAAGGGCAACGACUUCAAGGUAGACCCGGGGAGCCUGGCCUUCUCCGUCACCCUCUUCACCAUCUUUGCGUUCAUCUGCGUGGGAGUGCUGAUGUACCGGCGGCGACCUUCGAUCGGUGGCGAGCUGGGGGGUCCGCGGACUCCCAAGAUACUGACCACCAUGCUGUUUGUCAGCCUGUGGCUGCUUUACAUUCUGUUCUCCUCACUGGAGGCCUACUGCCACUUCAGGGCCUUCUAAACAGCUACAAACUUAAGAAGGCCCUAGAAGAGCUAACCUGAGACAAGAAGGAGGAAACAGCAGCAGUGGAAAACGUUUUUCUCUUGUCGUUAAUAACCCCGACCCACCCCACCCUUUCCCCCUUUUAAGAAGUGAAAGAUCCCUCCCCUAGUGCUUAAUAAGGGAUGAGACUGGUUGUUCAGGCGAGGAGAGGCCUGUCAGCGCUGGGACAGAGAAACCUCUGAAGUCUGUAGAAUGACAGUUGUGUGCGUGUGUGUGCGUGUGUGUGUGUGUGUGUGUGUGUGUGUGUGGCUGUUUGUUAUGUCUCUCACUACCCAGCAACCCUAUAGAAACAGCAUCUUCGACGCCUGGCGCUCAUUUCAAACUAAACACUAGACAUUUGAGUGAAAUCCUUUAAUAAUUCCCAUACCACCAUUAUUGAUAUGUAUAUGCAUGAACAUCAAAAGAAACAAAGAUACGGCUGUUCGCAAGCAUAGUGGGUUUGGAGUAACAGGUACUUUUGAAGAAAGUCUCUUGUCUGUGUGUUAGUCUUAAUAAAUCUCAGUUAGGGCCUGGCUGCAAGAGCUGCUCACCACCUUCUGACCCUCGGUUUGAUCCCCAGUAGAACAUCUGAUUAGGUGUCCUCUGUACUUUUAUCUUGCUGUAGAUGUAGUUGUGUUAAAGGAGUUUAGCAUACUUUUACCUUUAAGGCCGUAUCGUGAUUGGAUGGCCAGCGUUACCAUUUUAACUAUCAGAUAACUCGUUGUCAACUUACAUUAUCAUUUUCAAAACUAUCCCAAGAUUGCAUUUCCAGUUUAGUCAAUAGGGGUUUCACCACCGCCAUGCUUGAUUCAAAUUGCAAUAGAAUGCAGAGAGACCGUACUGGAUCACCCUCUGCAUUAGCUUCAUCCAUUGGCUACACAUCUUUCAGCAGCCUCUCACUAUUGACUCUUUCUCUCUAUCUUUGUGUCUAAGCUCCUACCAGACUGGUCUUUUUAUCAGUCUCAGUCCUCAAGGGCUCUACAGUCAAUUCUUAACCACUAACCCUAACCAGAAACCCUUUACCCCUCACCCCUAUCAUAACCCCACCCUCAACACCCCUAUCAUAAACCCACCCUCAACACCCCUAUCAUAAACCCACCCUCAUCACUCCUAUCAUAAACCCCUCAACACUAAACCUUCUUUCUCUCUCCACUGAGCUGCACAUCUUCAUUUUUUAAAACAUUAAAUGGAAUAUUUCAAUAAACAUUAUCUUUAACAUAAAAUACAUCAAUUGUAAUGGUGGACAGACGUGUAGAUGAAAAGGUUCCUAUAAUGCAGUAGCUAUAGGGACAUUUUACAGAAGUUCAAAGUGAAGCUGGUGAGAAAUACAUUGACUGACUAUUUUCUAUUUUCUGAGGUAAAGGCUUUUGUCUUAAUGAUGCAAUCUUUUGAAUCCAUCUAACUGCCAGUCCCCAGAUAUAAGGGUUUACAUCCAAGACUGUUACUCCGCGUCCGAUUCAGACACAUCAGGCAGGUCAGUGUGUGGAAGAGGAAGACGGUCCACAUUAUUUGAUGAAUACCCAGAGUUUCCGACUGAGUUGGUUUAAUACACUAUACUUGAUGUGUAACGUAACAAUGAAGUAAAAGUAAUUAUAGUUGUAGUUUGGUUUAGAAAAUUAAGAUUUUGGCUCGUUCUUGCCAUUUCUCACCACAGAAGUUGCAGCCCCUGAGAAGGUUCCAUCUAGGUUAAAGUACUUAUAUGGAAGCCAAGUGGAGUUUACUCCUAUUUUGCCAAAGGGAACUAUUUCUAAUGGAAACUCCAGUAACAGCUUAGCCAGAAUAUGAGUGUGUUUUCUAACACACUGACGUUUCUUAACACCACCAAAAAGAUCCCUGUGCGGUACUUAAAGCCUUGGUAUUGUUUGACCUAAACAGAACAUUUCUAAUUCCAAAUUUGGAUGAAAACAUUCACAUUUCGUGGAGAUGGGUUGAUGUUUCGAAUUGAAGGAAAAACAUUGCACUGGUUCCCGUGUUUCUAAUGAAAAGGAUGACAUUGUUUAUAUGCUGAGGACGACUCUGCUGUUACAUGAUUAUACAUUAUGACCUUUCUCUGAUCUGAAAAAGUUACUAUGACAUUGUUUAUAUGCUGAGGAUGACUCUGCUGUUACAUGAUUAUACAUUAUGACCUUUCUCUGAUCUGAAAAGGUUACUAUGACAUUGAAAUACGAAAAAAUACCUUUCCUCCAACCCUAAUACUCAACUAACCAACUACAAGUGACAAGAAGAGGAGGAGGAGAAAGAAAGAACAUGUGAAGUACAGCCAUACAUUGUGUACUGGUGCAGUGAAGCACAAAGACUUCUCCUGCCCAGCAUGUGUUGCUAUAGUGUACGUCUGCACUGUGACUGUGCAGCAUCUCUCUGUGUCCUCUACCCUCCCCACAUGCCAUGUCCAUAUUUUGGAAUGUUAAUUGUUAAUUAAUGUGCUACUUGUUCACACUGUGCAUGAAUGAUAACCUGUCUGUAUAUACGAAGCAGUAUCCCAUUCGUUGAUGUUGACGGAGGUUUGAAUGUUGUAUAGGUUUUGACUUUUUUUUAAUGUACUAUAACCUAAUGUUUUAUUUUAAGUUGAAUGAUGUAUUUGGUAACUUGCACAUUAAAUUUAAAAAAAAGGCAAUAUCUGCUGUUGUUGAAUGAGGGUGAGAACUUAACGAGUUACGUAUCUUAAGGGAGUUGCAUGGGUAUUUGUACAAAAGACGAUGCUUGCUUAUAAUGACAUGGCUGGUUGUAUUAUUUGACAGUGUAAAGGCUAUUUUGUCAUUACAGAGAUAAUAUGUGUAUAUACUGUACAUUGUUGCCAGAGAGAGGUCUGAUACCUCCACAUAUCUUAGUGAAUUCUACAUAUUUAUUUUAAAACCCUCACUAAACUCAAGAAUGACAAAUAUUGCCUUUUUGGAGAAGUAGUUUGCUUAAAUGCUUGUUUUGCUCUCGCUCUCUUUUCCUUCCGCGCUGAGCAGUGUUUCGUCUUAGAUAUCUGAAAAGUGUGUCAGUUCGUCAUGCGGGGUGGAUUCCUUCUUCAACUCAAGAUCUGUCUGUCUGUCAACCUGGUAUGUGCCCACCCAUCUGUCUCUCUGGCUGGUACUGUACCUGCCUAUCUGUCUCUGUCCCUGUUCAGUGUCUGUCUGUCUGUUGGUACCUGAGGUGCGUCAUCUGAUUUACACCACCACCGCCCACUGCUCAGAUGGACCAUCGUUUUUCAGGGUUCUAAUAUAUUUCACUUUCUCUUUCUUUUCCCUCCUUGCAUUCACACUUUCUCACUGUUUAGCUCUCUCUCUCUCUCCUCUUUAACUUUCUCUCAACCUUCACCUCUCGAUCUGUCCUUUCCUUGCUGUCUCUCUUUAACAGGGUUUAGUUUGCUAUUUGUUUUGUCUUUUUGUUUGAUUUUGUUUGAUUCUAAUUGAUAGAAUAUCAUGAAUUUGUCUUAUUUUGUUGGUGUCGUCUGUGUUUUUUCUUUGUGUCGCACAAACGAAUAGGAAGACAUUACACUAACUGUGAUUACUCUACAUGGUACACUUCUAACACAGAAAAUAAAGUUUGGAAUACCCUGUUUCAAAGACC